AUGACAGCUGAGCAACCCCUCCGGUUCUGGGACAUUAAAUCCAGCCCCCCCGUCGAGAAGACAUGCUACGCCCCCAACCCCUGGAAGGCCCGCCUCGCGCUCAACUUCAAAGCCGUCCCCUACGGGACCACAUGGACUCCCAUAACGGACGUCACUCGAGUCCGCACCGCCCUCGCCGUGCCUCCCGUGCGCAAAUUCGCCGACGGCAGCGACUUUCACACCUUACCCUUGCUAUUCAACCCGGCCACGGGUGAGUACCUCGGCGACUCCUUUGACAUUGCCGUCUACCUGCAGAAACACUACCCGGACGCGGGCGCGGGUGACCUGUUCCCGCCACAGCCCCCGGCGGCGCUGAACUUCACGGUGCCUCCCGGCGCCGAGAUUCUCAUCCCCCUCACCGAGGCGCGGCCGGGCGCCUUUCAGGACUACGCACAGUUCAACGUCCACGUCGACGCGGCGUUUACGCUGCACGUGCAGCUGGCCAUGGACAGGUUCCCGUUUGACCCUGCGACCGAGGAUGCGAGCAAGGCCGUGUUCACGGGGCGCGCGGGCGUGAAUGCCUGGGAGGACCUUUUACUCACGGGCGAGGCGCGGGUCCAGAUGCUGGCGUCGUUCGAGCGCAUGCUGGGUGGUCUGGCGGUACUGUACAGGAGGGAUGAGAGCGGGCCAUUUUUGCUGGGGACCAAGGCGAGCUACGCCGACUGUAUUGUCGGUGGCUGGCUACGCAUGAUGGCUGCCACGCUGCCGUGGAAUGAGUGGGAGGCGUUGAGGGGCUGGCAUAACGGGACGUUUGGGCGGUUGCAUGAUGCGUUGGAUGCGUUUGCUACGGUCAAGUAG